CGGCAGUGAUAGUGAGUGGCCGUAUUGUACGUUUUGCUAUAACAAAAUGACUUUGUUGUGCCAAAUAUUACUGGGAAAAGCAAAAGAAGGUGUGUUUAGAUCUGGCGAAUGUGUGCGAGGAACAUUAAAGUAUUCUGUGGAUAAACCGACGAAAUAUGAAACUAUCUACAUCAGGUUUGUCGGUCAUGGAAGUUGUUGUUGGACUGAAUCCGAUGGAGACGACAGAAAAAAAUAUAGCAACGAAGAAGAAUACGCGGACGAUACUCAGUAUAUACUUAAACCAAACGAAGAGAAUGUUCUAACUGGUUCUUAUGAACACCCAUUUGAAUUUCAAAUUCCUGAUAAUAUACCAAUAUCUAAAAAGGAUGAUGUUUGUGUUAUAUACUAUAAAGUCGUCGCUAUAUUUUUAAAGGCAGAAGGUCUUAUUAAGACGAAGAAGUUUGACGCAGAAAUCCCCGUUUACGGAUACGUAACCAGGUGUUCCCCAGAGCCACUAAUAUUCGGUUUACAGAAGGACCUUUUUUCUCUUACAACUACAAACAAAAUCAACGUGAAGGCUUCUAUAGAUAAAACCUUCGUGACUCCAGGUGAAAAUUUUACUCUCCUAGUGACAGUGAACAAUAAUACAGAUUUACAAAUUACAAUAAGGACAGAACUGGUCAAAUUUUUCACAUAUCGCGCUGAUGAUGGUCACACAAGAGUAGAUAAAUAUACAGUUAAUGGCACUCUGUGUGAUUCUCCACCAAUGAAAGUUCGAAGUGUGUCAAAUUUGACGUGCAUUGUGCCCACCUUACCAAGUUUAUACUCAAUACAAUACUCAAAGAUAGUGGAAGGAGCUUAUAAGGUGAGGGUAACUGCUGUAGUCCCAUUUCCUCAUAUAAACGAGGCAGUGGAGAUCCCAGUAGUUAUCGGAGAAGGAAGAGACCAUCUUGGAGCUACAGCGAAACACGUGGAUGAUACAGCUUUGUCUUUAACUACUCCAGAUGAAAACAAUAAAUAUUUACAAGGAUUCGAUGUGCAGUGAUAAGUGAACAGUGAUAGACACAAUGCAAGUGCAAGUUUCAAUGGAUUUUGUGUACAAAAUAAGU